CUUGACUGGUGUGGAGAGGAGUGCUAAUCAUCUGUUUUGUGAGCGGUCCGUGUUUGGUGUUUAUUCGACGAACGAGUCCAAUUACACAAAUUUUCUAUCUGGUCUUCAGCUCAGCUUAAUUUAAUUAGGUGAGAUGAUGCACAAGAUAUAGAGUUCAACACGUCAUAUAAACUCGAUAGGAAAAUGGCGCUGAAACAAGAAAGUGCUCCCACUCUCACUCCGUCCCGUCUGCCUGCGGCCUUUCGGGAGGGUGGCAUUCCUCCUCUCGCCUCCGAGGACUUCGACGAUGUUGAUGACUUCGUUGACGCAGUCGCAGAGCAGUCCAAAUGUGACAUGGACUUGCAACUAGCAUUUGAAGACUGUGAGGUUGCCAUUAGAAAAUUCUUUAAUAACGAUUUAGUGGGGGCUAUGGACAUCAUGUCGCCAUGGUGUCGCACGUCCCUAUACCACAGCUUAGGGGCGUCCAUUUUUGAGUUCAUUCCCGCCAUUCUUACCUUUGAUCACGGGCAAAUCAAUCGCGCGUUAUCAGCACUGAAGAUCUGCAUUAAUUUAUGCAACCAACACAGGCGGAAUUUCACGCUUGUCGAGAGCAUUGGCACCAUUAUCAAAAAGCCCAAUUACAGUUCGUACACUGACAUGGAAGCUCACGCCGAGCUAUGUUACGCUGAAGCCCUUCUACUGCAAGCCGCCAUGACAAUAAUGGAGGGCGAGGACCUGACCGGCUUGAUUAAAGGGACUAUCAAAGUCAAAAGCUGUUACAACAGUUACAAAGACUGCGCGAAGAUUCUAGAGAAAAAGAGGUGGGAUAAUGAAGAGUCCAAGAUUCAUUUCCACAGCGGCGUGCGGCUCGGAACGGCUACCUUCAACCUGAUGAUCUCGCUGCUGCCGCCGAAGAUCAUCAGCCUGCUGGAGUUCGUGGGCUUCUCCGGGAACAAGGCUCUCGGCUUAGCUGAGCUGGAGGCUGGCUCCCGCGCGCCCGGGAUGAGAUCGGUGCUCUGCGAUCUCACACUCCUUGGUUACCACCUCGUCAUCUGCCACUUCAUCGGCUCUACUGGCGACCUGCAAAUAUGCGAGAAGAUCCUCAAGAAGGAACUUAAGGUGUACCCGAACAGCGUGUGGUUCCUGGUUUUCAAGGGGCGUCUGGAACUGCUGCGGGGCCUGUUCGAGCCGGCCAUCGCGACCUACAACCGCGUCGUCCUCAACCAGGAGACGUGGAAGCAGUUCCGCCACGUCUGCUACUGGGAGAUCAUGUGGGUUAACGGGCUUAUGAUGGACUGGCGCGAGGCUGCCUUAUACGCCGGCAAGCUGAUCGAGGAGAGCUCCUGGUCGCGCACCGUCUACUCCUACACGCGCGCCGCCAUGCUGCUGCAGCUGGGCGACAAGCUGACCGCGGCCGAGAGGCAGCAGUGCAACGAGCUGCUCAGGAACGCGUCGUUCUACAAGCAGCGCAUCGCCGGCAAGUCGCUGCCGAUGGAGAAAUUCAUGAUCAAGCGGUGCGCGCGCUACGUGGCGCAGGGCGGGCAGCUCAUCCUGCCCGGCGUCGAGCUGCUCUGUCUCUGGAACAUGUUCCAUAUUCUGGCCAAGAACAACCGCGGCGCGCAGAGCAUUCUCAAGCUGAUCGAGUCGACUCGCGACCGGCUGGAGUCAGGCCCGCAAGAGUGGAUGGCUGGCUACGACGCGGACAACCGCGCGCUCCUCCGCUACCUGCACGGCUGCUGCCUCGCCGCCAUGGGGCUGCCGCGGCUGGCGCUCGAAACCCUCGACUCGGUGUUCCAAUUGAAGAAUGACAUAAAAGAGGACACUUUCUUGCUUCCGUACUCGGUCGCUGAAAUGGCCAUGUGCCAUUAUCACCUUGGCAACAAAGACCGCGCCAUACAAAUGCUUCAGGAUGCCAGGAAAAAAUAUUCGGGAUAUUCCCUGGAGUCGAGGUUACACUUCCGCAUGCAUUCCAAGAUGCAGCUGGUCAAGAGCAGCUCCCCCGAUAACUCGGCCUCCAGCAAAGCCACCACCAGCGUGUAAACUGACAACCCUGCGAUUAAGGGCGCCUUCAAAUUUGCCGCAGGGUGCAGCACUGUAGCCGCACUGCUGUCGCUAGGUUUGAGAAUAGUAGUGUUAUACAUUUAGUUGCAGUAUAUAUUAGUAUUACUAUUAAAACGAAAAAGGAUUUUCGGCAAAAAAUCACGUGAGCCUGAGCGCAGUCACUAGUCGAUCGAUGAACUGAUGCGUGGCCGCAGCGCGGCACUUUGCGGCAUAUUGAAGACGCCCUAACAACCAUUCGAAUAUUUCCCGCUUAUACCAAAUCAAAUUAACAUCAUUGAAUCAAUCAUAUUGCUUACGUCUUCUCGUAGCUGCCAUUAUAAAUGGUGCCCUACUUUUAUACUUUUUAUAUAACCCUUUAUAUUAAAUAGGCAUUAUAAUAGUAUCCAUUUGAAGUUUGAACUAUAUUUUCUAUAAUAUGUAUACCCAAACAACGCUUUCAUAACAACUGCCUUUGCGUGAAUUUCUUGAACGUACACAAUGUUUUACUUUAUGUAAGUAAACAAAUAUUCUAAAAUAUAUAGAUACGUCAUUAUAGAAAUAAAAUUACAUUGUACAAAAUAGUGAAACAGAUUAACGACUGACGUACAAUAUAUCUCGAAUUUUAAUUUUAGUUAUAACAUUUCAAUGAUGUUUGGCUCGAACGAAUUACCUACUUUAGAUGCCAAAUUAUAUUUAAAUAAGUUUCUUAGAAAAUAUUAACGUCCUGAAUCUGAAAAGCUGUCCAUGACUUGUGUAAACCAGCACUGACUGCAAGUUUCAAUUAAAUUACAAUCAUUUUACGAAAGAAUUUUGAUUCGAUACGAAAGAAAUUUGAUUAAUGUGACGUCACGUGUGACAGUCUCUGCACACAAAAAGAUUCACACUAGCUUGGAUUGCUACGUAUACAGGAUUUGAAAAGUUUCUAAUAUAUUAAGUGCACUGAAAAUAAUAUUACGUACCUACAUCGUUAAAAAUAUACCUGAUCACUGUCUCAUUAGCAUAUCCUUUAUGAUUAUCAAAAAAAUAUACAGGGUGGAAACGAUAAGUGAUCUCACCCGAUUAUUUCUAAACUAUACAAGAUAUCGAA